AUGGAACCACCAAGCAAUAUGUUCUGGGAUCCGGCGAUCUUAAAUGGGGUGUUCAACUGGACUGCAUGGUAUAGACAAGAUGCUACUCUAAUGUGGCUGUAUGGCCACAAGUACACACUGAAUCGUUCAGAAAGCAAUGAUGCCAGGGAACUAUUCGGAAACACAAAUUUUCAUAAAGAGAAAACAAGAGAAGUAGCUGGGAUGAUAUCUAAUUGUAAAGAUCAAGCUGAAAGGUAUAAACUAGUUCAUAAAAUGCAAAAAUAUGUAACUGUAGAUAUGUACGGUGGAUGCUAUGACAGACUUUGUGAACGUGUCAGUAAAUCCGAGAACAAAAGUUGUGAUGAGAUUCUAAAACAAUAUAAAUUCUACCUGGCUUUUGAAAACUCUUUGUGUAAAGAUUAUGUUACAGAAAAAUACUGGAAUGCUUUAAAGCGGGAACAGAUUCCUAUAGUUAACUGGAAGAAUAUAAGUGAAAAUAUCGUCAUACCAAAGUCGUAUAUAAAUGUUUACGACUUCAAAGACAUAAAAUCAUUGGCAAACUAUGUGAAAAAA